CGGACACGCGCACGUUCGCAGCGUGGCCGCGCGGAAUCAGUGACAGUCGCCAUUUUAUUUUGAAAAUCAAACUGAACUGGAGGCGCAGCGAACCUUCCAUUUCACCAAGUUUGUCGACCGAACUCCGCAGGAAUGAGCAGCUGAACCACUUUCCCGGGAUCAUGGUGCUGUACUGUAUUUUUAACUGAAGGACUCUACUCAGCCCUACUGGAAUCAUAUAUUUGGAAGCCAAAAUUUCACACCUUUGGGGGGGGGAGCAGAAGUAACUAAUCACUGAAGUGACUAAAGGGGAAUAAUGGUGAUUUUGCGCCGCGCUCGGCCGCCUGCUUCCGCCCCAACCAGCAAUGAAUCUUGACUCGCUCUCGCUGGCUUUGUCUCAAAUCAGCUAUCUGGUGGACAAUUUAACGAAGAAAAACUACAGAGCCAGCCAGCAGGAAAUACAGCAUAUUGUCAAUCGUCACGGUCCUGAGGCAGACAGGCAUCUACUACGCUGUCUAUUCUCCCAUGUGGAUUUCAGUGGCGAUGGUAAAAGUAGUGGCAAGGACUUUCACCAGACACAGUUUCUGAUCCAGGAGUGUGUAUCGCUGAUUUCAAAGCCCAACUUCAUCUCUACUUUGUGUUACGCUGUCGACAAUCCUCUGCACUACCAGAAGAGUUUGAAGCCAUCUGCCCAUUUAUUCACACAGCUCAGUAAGGUCCUGAAGCUCAGCAAGGUUCAGGAGGUGAUAUUCGGCCUUGCGCUGCUCAACUCCAACAACGCAGACCUAAGAGGUUUUGCUGCUCAAUUCAUCAAGCAGAAACUUCCAGACCUCUUGCGUUCAUACGUUGACGCAGACCUCGGAGGAAGCCAGGAGGGUGGCUUCCAAGACAUUGCUAUAGAGGUCUUACACCUGCUGCUCUCCCAUCUACUGUUCGGACAGAAGGGAGCCUGUGGGGUGGGACAGGAGCAGAUCGACGCCUUUCUCAAGACACUUUGCCGAGAUUUCCCCCAGGAGCGCUGCCCUGUGGUGCUCGCACCACUGUUGUACCCUGAAAAACGGGACAUUCUCAUGGACAGGAUCCUGCCUGACUCAGGGGAGUUAGCUAAGACCAUGAUGGAGAGCUCUCUUGCUGAAUUCAUGCAAGAAGUUGGCUACGGCUUCUGUGCCAGUCUGGACGAAUGCAGAAACAUCAUCAUGCAGUAUGGGGUGAGGGAGGUGACGGCCAGUCAGGUUGCCAGAGUGCUGGGUAUGAUGGCCCGGACACACUCUGGUCUGACCGAUGGAAUACCUCUGCAGUCAAUUUCUUCACCUGGAAGUGGCAUCUGGAGUGACGGAAAGGACAAGAAUGACAACUCUCAGGGCCACACCUGGAACGUAGAGGUUUUCAUCGAUGUUGUCAAAGAAGUGAAUCCUAACCUGAACUUCAAAGAAGUGACUUAUGAACUGGAUCACCCUGGCUUCAUCAUCCGGGACAGUAAAGGACUUCAUGUUGUGGUCUAUGGCAUCCAGCGGGGACUGGGCAUGGAGGUCUUUCCUGUCGAUCUGGUGUACAGGCCGUGGAAGCAUGCGGAGGGCCAGUUGUCCUUCAUUCAGCACUCCCUGUUGAGCCCUGAAGUUUUCUGCUUUGCUGACUACCCCUGUCACAAUGUCGCCAUCGACAUCCUGAAGGCUCCGCCAGAGGACGACAACAGGGAGAUUGCCACAUGGAAAAGUUUGGACCUGGUGGAGAGUCUGCUGAGACUCUCGGAGGUGGGGCAGUAUGAGCAGGUGAAGCAGCUCUUCAGCUUCCCCAUCAAGCACUGUCCGGACAUGUUGGUGCUGGCGCUGCUGCAGAUCUCCACCUCCUGGCACACGCUGCGUCAUGAGCUCAUCUCCACCUUGAUGCCCAUCUUCCUGGGCAACCACCCAAACUCUGCAAUCAUCCUGCAUUACGCCUGGCAUGGACAGGGACAGUCUCCGUCAAUUCGUCAGCUCAUUAUGCAUUCGAUGGCUGAGUGGUACAUGAGAGGGGAGCAGUACGACCAGGCCAAGCUCUCUCGUAUUCUGGAUGUUGCCCAGGACUUGAAGUCUUUAUCAAUGCUGCUGAAUGGUACUCCCUUUGCCUUUGUUAUUGACCUUGCUGCACUUGCCUCUCGCCGUGAAUACCUCAAACUUGACAAAUGGCUCACCGACAAGAUCAGAGAGCACGGAGAACCUUUUAUUCAAGCAUGUGUAACAUUCCUGAAGAGGCGAUGUCCAUCCAUCUUGGGGGGUCUUGCCCCUGACAAAGACCAGCCCAAGAGUUCCCAGUUGCCCCCUGAGACCUUAGCCACCAUGCUGGCGUGCUUGCAGUCCUGUGCUGGGAGUGUGACCCAGGAGCUGUCCGAGACCAUUCUGACCAUGGUCGCCAACUGCACCAAUGUGAUGAAUAAAGCUCGGCAGCCCCCGCCAGGAGUGAUGCCCAAAGGCCGUGCCCCCAGCACCAGCAGCCUUGAUGCCAUCUCACCUGUGCAGAUGGACCCCCUGUCUGGGAUGGGCUCCUUGUCUCUCGGAGGCACAGCACCCUCUCACACUCAGAGCAUGCAAGGGUUCCCCACAUCGUUGAGUUCAGCUUUCAGCAAUCCUCAGUCUCCAGCUAAGGCCUUCCCACCUCUUUCAAAUACCAAUCCCAGCACGCCGUUUGGGGGCAUAGGCAGCCUGUCCUCGCAGCUCCCGGGAAUGGACUCUGGACCUUUGGGUUCCAGCAUCAGCUCUGGAAUCGGUUCUAGCCUUGGAAUGCCAGCAGUGAGCACUGAUCCCUUCGGAACCAGAAAGAUGAGCACCCCAGGCCUGAACCCGCCAACCUUCCAGCAGACUGACCUUUCCCAGGUGUGGCCUGAGGCCAACCAGCACUUUAGUAAGGAGAUUGAUGAUGAAGCCAACAGUUAUUUCCAGCGGAUCUACAACCACCCACCUCACCCCACCAUGUCCGUGGAUGAAGUGCUCGAGAUGCUGCAGAGGUUCAAGGAUUCGACCAUCAAGCGGGAGAGAGAAGUUUUCAACUGCAUGCUGCGAAACUUGUUUGAGGAAUACCGCUUCUUCCCUCAGUACCCUGACAAAGAGCUCCACAUCACCGCCUGUCUCUUCGGUGGCAUCAUUGAGAAGGGUCUGGUCACGUACAUGGCUCUCGGCCUGGCUCUCCGCUAUGUGCUGGAAGCCUUAAGAAAACCCUAUGGAUCCAAAAUGUACUACUUUGGAAUAGCAGCUCUAGACCGGUUUAAAAACAGACUAAAGGAUUACCCCCAGUACUGUCAGCAUCUGGCGUCCAUUGCUCACUUCCUGCAAUUCCCUCAUCAUUUACAAGAGUGCGUGCAGUAUAUCGAGUACGGCCAACAGUCACGGGACCCUCCGGUGAAGAUGCAGGGUUCCAUCACCACCCCAGGCAGUCUGGCUCUGGCACAGGUUCAGUCUCAGUCGCAGCAGCCCGGAGUCCCCAAGCCCCCGCAGCAGGGUCAAACCAGCACGCUGGUCACCACCACGACAACCACCACCACGGUGGCCAAGACCACCACAAUCACACGGCCAACUCCCAGCAGCUUCAAGAAGGACGUGCCUCCCUCAAUAAACACUACCAACAUUGACACCCUCCUUGUGGCCACCGACCAAACGGAAAGGAUUGUGGAACCUCCUGAAAAUGUCCAGGAGAAGAUCGCCUUCAUCUUCAACAAUCUGUCUCAGUCCAACAUGACACAGAAGGUGGAGGAGCUGAAGGAGACGGUGAAGGAGGAGUUCAUGCCAUGGGUGUCCCAAUAUCUGGUGAUGAAACGCGUCAGCAUCGAGCCCAACUUCCACAGUCUGUAUUCAAACUUCUUGGACACACUCAAGAACCCAGAGUUUGUCAAGAUGGUCCUCAACGAAACCUACCGGAACAUCAAGGUUCUUCUGACCUCUGACAAGGCGGCGGCUAACUUCUCUGACCGCUCCCUGCUGAAGAACUUGGGCCACUGGCUGGGCAUGAUAACACUGGCCAAAAACAAGCCCAUACUCUACACGGACCUGGAAGUGAAGUCCUUGCUGUUGGAAGCGUAUGUCAAAGGCCAACAGGAGCUGCUUUAUGUUGUACCGUUUGUGGCCAAGGUUCUCGAGUCCAGUCUGCGCAGCAUGAUCUUCAGACCACAGAACCCUUGGACCAUGGCCAUCAUGAAUGUUCUGGCUGAGCUGCACCAAGAGCAUGACCUCAAGUUGAAUCUGAAGUUUGAGAUUGAAGUUCUGUGUAAGAACCUGUCGCUGGACAUCAACGAGCUAAAACCAGGAAACCUGCUGAAAGACAAAGACAAGCUCAAGAGCCUGGAGGAGCAACUGUCUGCGCCAAAGAAGGAAGCCAAACCUCCCGAAGAACUGCUCCCAGUUUCUACCUCUGGAGACUUUGUUCCAUUUGCAGCUCCUCCCACGACCCCAGCUGCCACAACCACAGCCUGCACCACCACCGGGCCCCCGACCCCCCAGUUCAGCUACCAUGAUAUCAAUGUGUACGCUCUGGCUGGUCUGGCUCCCCACAUCAACAUCAACGUGAACAUCCCUCUGCUCCAGGCCCACCCUCAGCUGAAGCAGUGUGUCAGGCAGUCUGUGGAGCGGGCUGUCCAGGAGCUGGUCCACCCUGUGGUCGAUCGCUCCAUCAAAAUUGCCAUGACCACCUGUGAGCAAAUCAUCAGGAAGGAUUUUGCCUUGGACUCGGAGGAGUCCCGGAUGCGGGUCGCCGCCCACCAUAUGAUGAGAAACUUGACUGCUGGGAUGGCGAUGAUCACCUGCCGUGAGCCUUUACUCAUGAGCAUCGCCACCAACCUGAAGAACAGCUUUGCGACUGCACUGCGAGCUCCAACGCCUCAGCAGAGAGAAAUGAUGGAGGAGGCCGCAGCCAGAAUUGCUCAAGACAACUGUGAAUUAGCUUGCUGCUUCAUCCAGAAGACUGCGGUGGAGAAGGCUGGCCCUGACAUGGACAAGAGACUUGCUACUGAGUUUGAGCUGAGGAAACAUGCGCGACAGGAGGGCCGUCGCUACUGUGACCCUGUUGUUCUGACGUAUCAGGCGGAGCGCAUGCCCGAGCAGAUCCGGCUGAAGGUGGGGGGCGUGGACCCGAAGCAGCUGGCAGUGUAUGAAGAGUUUGCCAGGAAUGUUCCUGGUUUCUUACCCAGCAACGAUCUUUCUCAGCCCACUGGCUUCCUGGCUCAACCAAUGAAGCAACAGGCCUGGGCCACGGAUGAUGUGGCUCAGAUCUAUGACAAGUGCAUGGCUGACCUGGAGCAGUACCUUCACGCCAUCCCUCCGGCCCUGGCCAUCAACCCGCUGACCCAGUCCCUCCGCAGCCUGCUGGAGUCUGUGGCUUUAGCUCGCAACUCCAGAGAUGGCAUCGCUGCUCUGGGCCUGCUGCAGAAGGCUGUGGAGGGUCUUCUGGACGCCACCAGUGGUGCGGACGCUGACCUGCUGCUGCGGUACAGAGAGUGCCACCUGCUGGUCCUGAAGGCGCUGCAGGACGGACGGGCCUACGGGCCUCAGUGGUGCAACAAGCAGAUCACCAGGUGUCUGAUCGAGUGCAGAGAUGAAUACAAGUACAACGUGGAGGCGGUGGAGCUGCUGAUCAGGAACCAUCUGGUCAACAUGCAGCAGUAUGACCUGCACCUGGCUCAGUCCAUGGAGAACGGCCUGCACUACAUGGCCGUGGCGUUCGCCAUGCAGCUGGUCAAGCUGCUGCUGGUGGAUGAACGAAGCGUCAGUCACGUGACCGAGGCCGACCUCUUCCACACCAUCGAGACGCUGAUGAGGACCUGCGCACACUCGCGAGCCAACGCACCAGAAGGUCUGCCGCAGCUGAUGGACGUGGUUCGCUCCAACUACGAGGCCAUGAUUGACCGAGCCCACGGUGGACCCAGCUUCAUGAUGCACUCUGGGAUUUCUCAGGCUUCAGAGUACGAUGAUCCUCCGGGCCUGAGGGAGAAGGCCGAGUACCUUCUGAGGGAGUGGGUCAACCUGUACCACUCGGCCGCCGCCGGCAGGGACAGCACCAAGGCCUUCUCUGCCUUUGUUGGACAGAUGCACCAGCAGGGCAUUCUGAAGACGGACGACCUGAUCACCCGCUUCUUCCGCCUGUGCACGGAGAUGUGUGUGGAGAUCAGCUAUCGGGCUCAGGCGGAGCAGCAGCACAACCCGGCGGCCAGCGCCGCCAUCAUCCGAGCCAAGUGCUACCACAACCUGGACGCCUUCGUCCGACUCAUCGCUCUGCUGGUCAAACACUCUGGAGAGGCGUCCAACACCGUCACCAAAAUCAACCUGCUGAACAAGGUGCUGGGCAUCGUGGUUGGGGUGCUGAUUCAGGACCAUGACGUUCGUCAGACGGAGUUCCAGCAGCUGCCGUACCAUCGCAUCUUCAUCAUGCUGCUGCUGGAGCUCAACGCCCCCGAGCACGUGCUGGAGACCAUCAACUUCCAGACCCUCACCGCUUUCUGCAACACCUUCCACAUCCUCAGGCCCACCAAGGCUCCGGGCUUCGUCUACGCCUGGCUGGAACUGAUCUCCCACCGCAUCUUCAUCGCCAGGAUGCUGGCGCACACCCCGCAGCAGAAGGGCUGGCCCAUGUACGCACAGCUGCUCAUCGACCUCUUCAAGUACCUGGCGCCGUUCCUGAGGAACGUGGAGCUCAACAAACCUAUGCAAAUCCUCUACAAGGGCACGCUGCGAGUGCUGCUGGUGCUGCUGCACGACUUCCCCGAGUUCCUGUGCGACUAUCACUACGGCUUCUGCGACGUGAUCCCGCCCAACUGCAUCCAGCUCCGAAACCUCAUCCUCAGUGCCUUCCCACGCAACAUGAGGCUCCCGGACCCCUUCACCCCCAACCUCAAGGUGGACAUGCUGAGCGAGAUCAACAUCGCGCCGCGGAUCCUCACCAACUUCACCGGUGUGAUGCCCUCACAGUUCAAGAAGGACCUGGACUCCUACCUGAAGACCCGCUCGCCCGUCACCUUCUUGUCGGAGCUGCGCAGCAACCUGCAGGUGCGGCCCGCGCCCCCUCCACUCCGCUCAGUGCCUCGUGUCAUGGCCUCCAUCUUCCAGGUGUCCAACGAGCCCGGGAACCGCUACAACAUCCAGCUGAUCAACGCGCUGGUCCUGUACGUGGGGACUCAGGCCAUUGCUCACAUCCACAACAAGGGCAGCACCCCGUCCAUGAGCACCAUCACCCACUCGGCCCACAUGGACAUCUUCCAGAACCUCGCUGUGGACCUGGACACUGAAGGCCGCUACCUGUUCCUCAACGCCAUCGCCAACCAGCUGCGCUACCCCAACAGCCACACCCACUACUUCAGCUGCACCAUGCUCUACCUGUUCGCCGAGGCCAACACCGAGGCCAUCCAGGAGCAGAUCACCAGGGUUCUGCUGGAGCGGCUGAUCGUCAACAGGCCCCACCCCUGGGGCCUCCUCAUCACCUUCAUCGAGCUGAUCAAGAAUCCUGCCUUCAAGUUCUGGAGCCACGACUUCGUUCACUGUGCGCCGGAGAUCGAGAAGUUGUUCCAGUCGGUGGCUCAGUGCUGCAUGGGACAGAAGCAGGCCCAGCAGGUGAUGGAGGGAACCGGCGCCAGCUAGAGGCAGCCCGAGCCCGCACCCCCUGCGUGGAGGAGGAUCAUCAUCACUGGACUUCUGCUCUUUUGUUUGGGUUCUUUGGGCUGAAGAAGGACGACGAUGGUUUGAAAUGCUGUUAAAUAGUUUUUUGGUUUUUUGAUGUACAUAUUGGAUUAAAGGGAGAGCGGGAGAGAGAGAGAGAGCUGGUGUGCUGACGUGUCAAGGCCUGAACAUUCACUACCAAAGUUGUCGCUUCUCUUCCCACGCGGCUUUGUUUCUGACUGGCUUUAGUUUUCUGGACGUCUUUCUCUGCCGGUUCUCUGAGGUCCAGCGGGUCCCUCCCGGCCGGGGGAGCCGGGCCCGACUCUCCCGGGCCUGUACGACGGUUCAGAACGUUGAGACUUUGUACAAAGAUCCAAACUGAAGAACAAACGGACCAAUACAGCUCAUUUUGUAACAUUUUGAAUGUUUUGUAAAUGUAUUGGUCCAUGUGUAUUUUGUAGUCCUUUCUAGUUUGCCUUUAGUUCUUGCUACUUGAUUGAAGUCGCACAUACGAAAAUAAAGCGUUGAACCUGC